AAAUCCUCCCCCCACCCCCACUGCACUGACAUGGCAUUUGAUUUAUGAAUCUAAAGUAAACCAGCACGGGCAUGUUUUCACAUUUCCCUGAACACACACACACACACGCAUCGUGCACACUGCAACACAGGACGUGAUUGGUGACUUGUGAGUGGAUGCAGCUUGUGUGCGCACUGAUGCGUGAAUGUACACCAACAGCAGCGCCUCGCCUCUUCCAGACAACUUCUAAUACACUGUUAUCUCUCUCUGUGUGUUUUUUUAUUCCACCUCCGCAAGUUAUCGAGUGAAGCCCGGAGCCAUACGACCAAAGAAGAGGAGGAGGAGGAGGAGGAGGAGGAGGAGGGAGAUGCCGAUUGAUAAUUAACUGAGUGCAACUACGAGACUCGAUCAUAGUCGAGGAUCAACUGCUCAUGGUAAAGAAAAGGCAGAUUUCCCCGGAGGACAUCGGCUCUUUAUCGCGACUCUGCAGCCGAAAUCAAAAGAAGACGUCCGAGAAUCAGAGAAGAGGUUUUAUACUGGCUGAGAACAAAGUCUGAAGAUGCACCGCGCGUCCGAUGAGCGCAGAAGCUGCCAGUCAGAGUCCGUCAGUCAGAGCUUGACACCUAAAGGAGUACCUACGAUGAAGAAACCCGCAAGAAGCUCCACUCGGUAAAGAAGUGGCAGAGUGAUACUCAGAGAGAGAGAGAGAGCAGACAGAAGAGAGUGGAGGCCAAAGAACAAACACCAGCGCGUCCUCAAAUGAUGGGGAUAAAGCACCUUCUGCUGCUUUUGAUUUACUUAGACCCGCUGAAUGUGCUGUGCGCCGCCACCACCAACAAAAAGAGCAAAAUCCCGCAGAGGAGGAUCCCAAAGGUGAAGGAGGUCAACACCACUGCGGUCCCGGUGGCCGUGGCCGUCCCGGGGAGGAUCACCCAGGUCCAGGCUCCCUCGGUCGGCGUCGUCCAGCACGACACCUGCCUGGGCUACUACGACGUGAGCGGGCAGUACGACAAAGAGUUCUCGUGCAACAACACCGACCACCGCUUCUGCUGCGGCAGCUGCUUCCUGCGCUUCUGCUGCGCGGACCGGGGGAAGCGGCUGGAGCAGAAGAGCUGCACCAACUACAACACGCCGGACUGGAUCAAAACCCAGCCCCCCUCACCGGCGCCAACAGGUGACACGUAUGACCCGGAGCUGGACCAGACCAACACCACGGUGUACAUCACCUGCGGGGUCAUAGCGCUCAUCAUUGCCAUUGGGAUUUCUGCUAAAGUUGCCUAUGAUAAAGCCACCAAGCCUCCUCAGGAAAUGAACGUGCACAGAGCCCUGGCAGACAUUCUGAGGCAACAAGGACCAGUUCCAAUAUCUCAGUAUGAACAUGAAAACAUUGCAGCCAUUGAUGGGUCACCCAAAGACGAGACGCCGGUCAGAACCUCGAAGAAUCAUUACACGCCUGUUCACAGCAAGGCAUCAAACCACGGGCACUAUGGGAAAGAAAACCUGCGCAGUGGAGGCCAAGACAUGCACAACUUCAUCUCCUCUGGGUUUGUGACACUUGGACGUGGCCACUUGAAAGCGCAGCACUCCAUAGACGAAUCAGGGCAGAUGUCCUGGCAGGGCGAUCUGGACAUCCCCAUCUCCUACGGAAACCACCACCAUGACUAUCAGCACAGCCACCUGGAUCUGACUGCGCUCACACCUAAACUGGCCCACAGACAAAUGAGAUACGAAAGACCCCAGCGGAUGAACAACAUCCUGACCUCAGCCACAGAGCCCUACGACCUGUCCCUGUCCAGAUCCUUCCAGAACCUCAGCCAUCUGCCGCCCUCCUACGAGCUGGCCCUCAAGUCUGACUUAAGUGAUAAGGAUGUAGAUGAGUACUAUACAAGGAAGCAUCAUCAUCCCGACUUUGGCGGCCGGGGACCGACCCACAUGGUGAAGCUGAACGCAGACCCCCAGCAGCACCAGCAGCACCAGCAGCGGCAGCGUCCCCGCCGAGUCCAGAGGGCCAUGUCCCAGGACCACGUCCUGUCUCCUCCCAGGACGCCGCGUCGCGGAGACUACGGUUUAUCUUCAUAUGGCGUCAUGGCAGCCGCCGCGUACGGGAGCAGCCGCCACCUCUCAGAGGAGCAGCUACUGUCAGCGGACCGCCUCCACUCCCAGGAUCCCUUGCUGUCCCCGGCGAUGAGGCGUGACAAGUUCCGGGAGAAGGCGAUGGCGCGGGCAAUGUCUCACGCUGACAUGCUCAUGCCAACCACACCUGUCAUGGACCGCCACAAGAUGACCAAGAUGCACUCUCAACCCAGUGCCUCUAACGACUCCUACAACACGCUGACGGUCAACCACCAAGCGACCACAUCUAAGAGGCAGGCGUUUGCCUCCCGACGAACACACACGGUGGACCACCUACAGUACAUUCCCGGCCACCACCACACAUACCGCACUGCCAGUAAGAACGAAGUAACUGUUUAACCGCAGAGUAGAAGGAUUCCUAACACACACCACGGACAGUCUUCUUGUUAAAACAACCUCCUGCAUUAAAAAACUCUUCCUGCUUUUUAGCACAAGCUUCCUGUGUCAUCCAGAUUUUGGGUAACUAGAAUCAACCCCGGCAAAGACAUUUCUCUCUUAGAGCAUCAUAAGGGCUUUGCGCGUUGACACAAAGAGGGAUCCUUCAUGUCAGACACUUGACAGCAUGAAGAAAAUAUUUUUUAAACUGGACAUGGGACUGGAAGGGAAUUGUAUCAACUUUAUAAAUAUAUAAAUAUACUAUAUUUACUAUUUGUAUUUUCAGUCCUUGUUAUAGCUUUAGAGAUUCUCAUUGACUGAUGUAAGCACUUCAAGUGGUGCCUCUUAAAAUUGUCCCAUUUCAGUGAUGAAGUGGAUUUGUGGGUUAAAAAGCACAAUUAAUGAAUUCCCUUUUUCUUUUUUUGGUUAAUUUCACUUUUCUUCUUUGGUAAACGGCCAGAACAUAUCAGCUUAUUAGUGAAAACAGAGGCUAUUUCUGUUGCAUACAAUAGAUGAUUGUAAAUAGGCUAUAUUAGCAGCAUUAAAACAAGAGAAGCUGGCCCUUUGGCUUUAUUGUUUUAUGUUUUUCUUCUCCCACCUGGAAUCUAUCAUGGAUUCGCAAUUAAUAAUUUCAAUUUUAGAUAAGGCAAAGAUCCCAAAUUAAUAUUAUUUCCACAGAUGUCUGCGAAAUAUGUGGAUCUAAUAUGUAUGAGGGGAAUUUUUUUUUCUUUUUUAACUGUGCUUGUAGCAUAGAAUGAUUGUGUAUGAAACAACCUUUUACCACUGUCGAUUGGCAGCUUGAGUCUGCAGACGUAAAUCCACAGGUGAAAAUGGAGCCUGAUGGUCGUUUGCAUUCGCUUAAUUUCCUUUCACACAUUUCCUUGCUUUGUCGUCCAUGUGAUGACCCUUCCCCCGCCCUGCUUGGUUUGUGAUUGGCCAGCUGCUUCCAUCUCUACAUAUCAGGUACUCUGUGACGGAGCUAAGGAGCGUGUAGGUCCAGUUGUAGUGUUGUGUCAAUAUUAUGACUCAAACAAUCAGUACUAAAGAGGACGUCAUAAUCACUAGUCAAUCAAGCAUUAAUUAAAACUGUGAACUGUUUGUCCAGAUGUUUUCAUUAAAGCAAUGCCUUAUUGUAUGGAAUCCCAUAUGCUCUUAAUUGCAACAAUCACGCUUUUGUCUCCUUGUCUUAGCUUUUUGUGCAAUAUUGUUGAUUAUAAUUUACCAGCAGAACCAGCAGUAAAAAACUUGUACAGUGAUAGAUGAUACAGUACAUAUACCUCAAAAGACUAAAUUCAAUUGAAGAAGUCUCAAACUUUAAAAGGAAAACCAUCAAUGGGUACAUUAUAUUCUUAUUGGAAAUUUGUUCAACUAUUCGUGUUACCUGAAUUAGCUUUGUUUAAGGUCGACGGGCUCAUACUUUAAGUAUGUAUACAGUGAUUUUGUUUUCAGCUGGUCAGAUGAACUGGAGAGUAGAAGUCUUCACAGGUUCACUUGGUUCCUUGUAAUCAAGACCCAAUCCCCAGGUCAAACCGUAACAACUAACAAAUCCCUAAUCAAGACUAUAAAGCCUCAAUUAUGAAAGUUAAGUCCAAAGCCAGUUAAGACAAAGAGGACAUGAAUUUGUCUGUUUUGGGUAGAUUUUCCAUGGGUCCGUUUCCAAUCGUGUCCAAAACUUUGGACCCAUGAAGACCUCUACUCAAGAGUCCAGAGGCCUUGACAAAAUGUGUUUAUUGUCAAAUUGUUUGAGGGCGAAAAAAAACUGUCUUUGGUAUGAAAACCUUGUAUUUCUGUAGACCUCCAAAAUGCCAAGAAAUAUGAACAUUUUAUGGUUAUCGUUUAGCGAAAACACUCAUCAGAUUCAGGUCAUUGUACAAGUACAAACAUCAGGAACAUUGCUGUUUCUUCAGACAUUCGAGUUGUAGGCUACUGUAUAUAAAAACUUGAAUACAGUGUUAUUUGUGAAAGCAAUGCCUCAUUACACAUAAAUCUAUGAUUUUUGUUGAAAUAUGCUCAUGUAUGUUGCAUGGUUUACUUCAGCUGACUCUUAUUUAUUUAUUUGUUUUUUCAGUUAUGAUUUAUUGACAGUGUAGGGAUGUAGAAAGUUGACCAAAUGUAUCAUGAGUUCAACAAAUUUAUUUCUUAAACUUGAUGUGCUACUUUCUUUUUUAUGCUACAUUAAAUGAUGUCAAUUAAUUUUCUUUUCCUUUAAACUAUUGUCUUUGUACAUAUUAUAUGAUUUCGUUUUCAUUUUCUUGGAGAGUGCUUGCUGGUAAUGAAGUACAUUUGAUAGCUAUGGGUGAAGGAGGGGUGUUAAUUGUUCAGUAGACUGCUUCAGACAAGUAUCUGUACCCAUCCACCCCGCUCAACUAAUCACAAACUUCUGCUCCCUCUUUUCACUUAAUUAAUAAUGAUGUCAUCCCAAGAGCCUUUUUCUCUAUGUGCAAUAUUUCCUAUUCAUGCAGUAUAACUCUAUAGCCACUUACUCUUCUUAAAAUGUUGUGAGGUUCAUUUGCUGCCAUAAAGGCUUUGUUGUCCUUUUCAUUUAGGACUGUAUUGUCCUUCAUAGUCAAAGAGGAGUUUUUUUUAAAUACAGCUAAAUGUGGUAUGAAUGAAAAAGGUGUCUGUGUAAUUGCACAAAUAACUGGAGACUAAUUUAAAGGCUUCAAAACAACAAAAUAUGACUGUUCUUGUGCAUUUUCUGUUUGUUUACAAACUAUUAAAGCACAUCAUGUGUGUUGUAUA